AAAACACAAAGUCUUACCGUCUAGCAGACGCUUCAGCUGCAACCCUAGCACAAGGCACAAAGAACUCACCAUCAUGUCAGACAGCUAUGUGUGGUUUGAAGGGAUACGUUUCCCUGGGUCAGGUUUCGAUCCUGAAGUAUUUAGAGAAGUACGGGACAAGUUUGUGGUGAAGAAUGAAGAUACGAUAACAGUGACUUAUCCGAAAUCAGGAACGAACUGGUUAGUUGAGAUUGUCUGCCUGAUUCAUUCUAAUGGGGAUCCCAAGUGGGUCCAAUCAGUGCCCACCUGGAACCGUUCACCUUGGGUGGAGACUAUACCUGGCUAUGAGUUCUUGAAGGAUCAGGAGGGCCCACGCAUCUACACAUCCCACCUGCCCAUCCAUCUCUUUCCCCAGUCCUUCUUCAGUUCCAAGGCCAAGGUGAUUUAUGGCAUUAGGAAUCCCAGAGAUGUUCUUGUGUCUGGUUAUUUUUUCUGGAGAGAAACGAACAUUUUCAAGAUACCAGAGACGCUGAAGGAAUUUAUGGAAUUGUUCCUCCAAGGACAUGUGGCUUAUGGGUCGUGGUUUGAGCACAUUCGUGGCUGGCUGUCCAUGAGAGAGAGGGAAAAUGUCCUGGUGGUGAGUUACGAAGAACUGAAGAAGGACACAAGAGUCACUGUAGAGAAGAUCUGUGAAUUCUUGGGAAAGAAGUUAAAACCAGAAGAAAUAGAUUUAGUCCUCAAGUAUAGCUCCUUUCAAUUCAUGAAAGAAAACAAGAUGUCCAAUUUCACCAUGUUACCUGAUAGUUAUGUGAAUGAGAAUUUCUCAUUUAUAAGGAAAGGAGUCACUGGGGACUGGAAGAAUCACUUCACUGUAGCCCAAGCUGAAGCAUUUGAUAAAAUAUAUCAGGAGAAGAUGGCAGGAUAUCCUCCAAAGCUGUUUCCUUGGGAAGAAUGUUGAAAAUUUCUACAUGUUCUAUGGAUACUGAUAUCUGUUCUCCUCACCUUAUACUUUUGCAUGCUUGGGAGGUUGUAGCAUAAAACCUGUGAUUUCCUUGUGAAAUCUUGUGUUUUCAAAUCUUUUAUUUUUCAUGGCCUGCUUGUCACAAAUUAAGUGUUUACCCAUAUUCACUUCAUAGUAUCUACACAUUAGAAAUUCUUCAUAAUGUUCAUAUAUGUACCACACUACUGUAAAAAUUUAAGAAUUACUUUAAAUUGUGUCAAGUUGUUUCUUUAUUUUAAAGAGAAAAAAUAGAAAUAAAAAUAAAACAGUGUUUCAGAAGAGGUUAAUAGAUGAGGAA